AUGUCGAACCAAACAGAUGUCCAGACACUGACAUCGUACAUCAAGACCUUCACAAACCCACAACUGAAGCUUCUACUGAGGCAUGAGGGGCUUCAGGUGUCAGGAGUGAAGGCUGCUCUGCAGUUUCGCAUCAUACAUCGAUUGCAGAGCCUGGCAGAAUCAGACACUGUCAGUUUUGAUGUCCUGGCAACCCAAAUCCGCUCUACUGCUUUCCCCAAUUCUGCGCCAUACUCGGCACCUGCGGGACAGCACUACCAAGCACCACCUGUCCAGUCCCCAGCACAGGCUCGAUCUACAGCCCCUGGGAUCUCAUUGUCACCAUAUCCAUACACCCCUGGUCCGAAUGCGCCCGUUAUGAAAACCCCGGCUCCAAAGUCCCCAGGCCCUCUGGUUUUCAAGGACAGCCCAUUCUUUGCUGUGGUAGAGUCUCUGACUCCAGUUGUGGAAUGCAAGAUCCGUGAAAACACCAGAGACAGUGUGGAGUUGAAGGUGAUGCUGUCCCAGUCAGCAGCCUAUAAACUGCAGACAGAUCCAAACAUGCGAGUGAUGGUAUACUGUGCGGGUGACUCGGGCCUCACACAAUUCACCAAAUCAGAUAUAGCCUUCCCGCAUCAAGUCGAGCUCAAGGUGAAUCUUGAUGAAGUCAAGGCCAAUCUGAGGGGGCUGAAAAACAGACCCGGCACGACGCAGCCUGCAGAUGUCACCAAUUACAUCCGCAAAAAGGCGCAUUAUCCCAAUAAUAUAGUCAUGACUUAUGCCUUGACGCAAAAGAAAUUCUUUGCCCUCGCCAAUCUGGUUCAACAGCAUCCCAUCGAGAAUCUUGUAUCGGAACUGAAGACAAGAAAGCUCAUAUCAAAAGAGCAAGUAAUACGCGAAAUGCAAAACCGAGCAAGUGACACAGACAUCAUUGCAACGUCGAGUGUCAUGUCUCUUAAAUGUCCCCUCUCUACUCUCCGGAUUCAAGUGCCUUGCCGCUCUAUCAUCUGCACCCAUAAUCAGUGCUUCGAUGCAUCGUCAUUCCUCGAAUUGCAAAAACAGGCUCCUACGUGGACAUGUCCCGUGUGUUCCAAAUCGACCAGUUUUGAGUCUUUGCAAGUUGACCAAUAUGUCGAUGAUAUCCUGCAAACGACAUCCUCCCAGAUCGAUCAGGUCACAGUUGAACCAAACGGUGUGUGGUCAACCCCUACGGACUCAGAUGCAACGAAGCCGGGCAGGAUGACUCCAACAUCAGAGGAUGACGAUGACGAUCUAAUCGAGAUUACUGAGCCCGGGCUCCCCGUCGUGAAACAAGAGCCAGCGAAUCAAGAGCUUGGUCUCCCUAAUAUCGCCUUAGAGCGGACACCCGCCCAGUCCAAGUCCCGAGAUACUUCCACCCCUUCCUCUGUGAUUCGUCAGUCGAGCAAGAAGCGACCUCUGUCUCAAGUCAUUGAUCUUACAGAAAGCGGCGACGAAGAGGAUGAUUCUCCCGCGCCACCGGCCAAACGACUCGCACCCAGCUUACCCUCCCGAUCUUUCCCUUGGACAGACUAUCACGUUCCGCCUGCCAGUAGCCCUUUGAACGGGUCUUACCCCCCAUCAUCUUAA